GUCCACACACCCGCACACACAUUCAUCCACCCUGUGUGGAAAACACUUCCUGCAUUUAAAAAAAAAAAUGCGAAGAAGGAAUUAGCGAUGGAGGCGUUUCAAUCCGCGCUGGACGCGCUCUCGAAGGAAUCGAAGGAGCAGAUUCUGCUGGUGCAAGAGGCGGCUGCAGCGGCGGUGCUGCACGCACACGUCAUCCCUCAUCGCAUUGCCGUCGCCGUCGCGCAGCGAUUUACCCCAGCGCGUGUGGCGGCCGCCUACCCGGUGCUGUGCUUCAUCGACGCCACCCUCGUGCGCACCUCGUCGAGCACCGCAGCUGCCGCAGCGGAUCAAGCGCUGGCGGCGGUGUUAAAGGAGUUUUGGGAAAUGGCGACGAGCGCGUUUGCGUCCCUUCACGAUUACGGUGCGUCGCAGCCGGCCUGGCGUGAUAAGUGCCUGCGGAUGGUGCGUCGGUGGAGGCAGCGCAAGCUUUUGAAAGAAGAGGCGGCCGACGAGCUGCUGCGGCUGAUCGAGGAGGGGGCCGUGGCAGAGGGCGAUCCGUACACUGCAGACGAGGUUACUAGCGAUGCGAAUACUAGCAAUAGUAUUAGAGAUGGCCCGGCUGGCGGCACGGCGGAUCGCCAUCUUAGCGGGAGUUCAACCGCAACCACCUCAGCUGGGCGGGCCGACCUGUCCACGCAUGCGAGGCGAUCGGGCGCGGCGCCGCCUGCCCCUGCCGCCAUGUCCUUCACCGCGGCCCAGGCGCAGAACUUCCGUGCGACGCUGCAGGCGUGCAUGUCCGCCCUCGAGAGCCUCCCGGCACCGCGCAAAGCCCUCUACCUCGACCUCGUCCACGCCCAGCACUUUCGCACCCCAACACGAACGUCCCUCCUCUUUUACGAGGAGUUGCUGGGCGAGCUGCGCAGAGAGGUCACCGCCGCCGCGUACAGCGCACACGGCGGGGUGAGUGCCGAGGCAGGCGGCGAGCGUAACGCGACGAGGAAAGACGACCACGGCGUGGAUGCCGCCUCAGACGGACACGCGCGCGAAGCACUCGGUAAGCUGUUUGAUCAGCUGCACGCCGGCAACGCGGAGGACCACACCAGCGCGGGCGGUCGGCCCGCCGGCGGCUCUGCCCACACCACCGCCACCACCGUCGUGCGCUACGCCAGCCCAAUUUUUUCCGACAUCUACGCGAAGCAGCCGUUGGGACAGCGCGGGACCGGCUUUGGUGUGCUGCAGCGCAAGGCUGAACACGGCAGCACCAGCAACGCCUUCUACACUUCGUAUUACCCCAAGCCGGUGGGAAAUGCGCAGCGCCCUUUUCGCAUUCCGGCAACCCGCCAGAUGCAGGGCGGUACAGUGCGGCUAUGGUUUCCGCGACCACAGCAAUGGGUGAGCACUGCGGAUAUGGCCGACCUUGCGCAGUACGCGAGCCGCAACGUGCUGGACAAGGAUCGCAAACGAGGACGUGAGGAGGCUUAA